AUGACGAAGGUGAUAUCGUAUGGGGAUGUUGCGAUCAGCUUCGUCUUCCCAUCACCUAACAUCUCAACGACCGUGUCCUACUGGACUGGAUUAUACCCCACGGUGACUGGACCAGAGCCUUCAGAUCUGCAAACCAUAGCUUUGACGACACGGACCGAGCGUCAGACACCACUCUCCGCUUUACCAUCUUUUGAGAUAUUCUCAUCCAGGUCCAGAAGUUUCAAGACGGUAGUGACGACAGUAUACGAAGAUGAGGGCGAAGGGACGACAUCAGUAGCGAAGCGUCAGAAUGUCCCAAUCACAGUUGUUGUACCUACGCCCACCCUGGAGACAACGCUUCUGGCAACAGCGAUAGUCGCGAUUCCGGAUGCACCAGGACCUUCAUCGUGCGGUGAGUCGGGCAACUUCACGCUGACCUUCGAUGACACGGUCACUGGGGAUGACGAUGACACGAUACUGCUCGUUGCCAGUGGCAUGAAGAACCCAUAUCACCACCUCUUCUACGGCAACGGAUACACAUACGUACCCGACAUGUGGGAGCCAAACCCCGCGAUCUCGCAACCAAACAUCGCCAUGUUCCUGCCUCUGACCGGGCGGCUCCUUCCCAACACGCCCUUUGCAGGCACGAUGCUUCCCGGCGAGCUCGGUGCUGGACCACGAGCUUCAGUCAACGCCUACUGGUUCAACGCAUACUCCGCCCACUUCGGCUGUGCUCUCAACGGUCUCACACCCUGCACACUGCGUAUAUCGGGCUACCGCUACGACUCAACUCUCCGAGAAGAAGUGCUCGUCGCAGAACAAAACGCGACCAUCCCCGCAUGCUGGGGUUACAUCAACUGCCGCCUCACCCAAAUCUUCUUCAACGACGGUUUCCGCGCGCUGUCUGGUAUCCAGUUCAACGCCUACACAUACAACCUGGGUAUACCGCAAGUGCACAUGAUGGAUGAUUUGCAGAUGGAAUGGUACAACAAUACCUGUUCGGCGGGUAUACUACGCAUAGGGCAUAGCUAG